AUGCCAGGCCGCUACCAACUCCUCGAUUCCGACGAGCAGCGCCUGCCAGAAGGCAUGACGAGAGUUGCCUACGAUGCCGAUACCCAGCAAUAUACAUUUCGCGACACUGGAGGAUCGCUGUGGUACAGCGAGGAAGGCAAUCGUUAUGGUCGCUUGCACCGGGACCCCGAAGCCGCUCUGCGAUCGAGCACAGGUGUCCCUCCUAGUAUCCGCAACCAAGACUGGAGAUUCAUGGCUCCUUGGUUUCUCAUUGUGAUUGUGGUUCUUAUGGCGGUGUUUUGGCUCGUCAACUCUGGAGGCCGGCCAGGUGUCAAGUGCGCGGAUGGAUUGGAGACAUACACUGUGAAGAAAGGGGAUACUUGCUGGUCGAUCGCGGAUGAGCAUGGGACGACAGUCGAUGCUUUGAAUAUGGCAAACCCGAAGAUGAGCUGCAACGAGCUGCUGCCUGCACAGAUGAUCUGUUUGCCGAAGUCGACAUUUGAGGCUCAGAGAGUGGUCAUGAUCAUCUAG